GGGAGGCGAGCGAUCGCGGCGCCGCGAGCGGGUUGCGGGCAGCGGGGGACGGCAAACUUUGCUGUUCGCCGCGCUUCCCCGGCCCGGCCCCUUCUCCCAUCGCCAACGUCGCCACCCCACUUUCCUCCAACCCCGCACACCUCUCCCCACCCACCCCACCUCCCGUCGCUCCUCCUCGCCGCCUCGACUCUGCUCCGGGGAAAACUUCAAAGCGCCGGACCGCAGGCUCCCUGCUUACUCCCCGGCCGGGGAUUUCAGACUAGACGCUUGAAGAAAAGCUGCCAUCCAAGAAGACGACAUGCUUUCAGCAACCCCCCUGUAUGGGAACGUUCACAGCUGGAUGAACAGCGAGAGGGUCCGCAUGUGUGGGAUCAGCGACGACAGGAAAAUUCCUGUAAACGAUGGUGACGCUUCAAAGGCCAGACUGGAACUAAGGGAAGAAAACCCCUUGAAUCACAACGUGGUGGACGCGACCACGGCCCAUCGGAUCGAUGGCCUGGCAGCGCUGAGCAUGGACCGCACCGGCCUGAUCCGGGAAGGGCUGCGUGUCCCCGGAAACAUCGUCUAUUCUAGCUUGUGUGGACUGGGCUCAGAGAAAGGGCGGGAGGCUGCCACAACCAUAGGUGGUCUGGGGUUUUCUUCCGAAAGAAACCCGGAGAUGCAGUUCAAACCGAAUACACCCGAGACGGUGGAGGCCUCCGCUGUCUCCGGAAAACCCCCAAAUGGCUUCAGUGCUAUAUACAAAACACCACCCGGAAUACAAAAAAGUGCUGUCCCCACGGCAGAAACACUGGGCUUGGACAGACCUGCUAGCGACAAACAGAGCCCGCUCAACAUCAAUGGUGCUAGUUACCUGCGGCUGCCCUGGGUCAAUCCUUACAUGGAGGGGGCCACGCCAGCCAUCUACCCUUUUCUCGACUCGCCAAAUAAGUAUUCCCUGAACAUGUACAAGGCCUUGCUACCUCAGCAGUCCUACGGCCUGGCCCAGCCGCUGUAUUCUCCGGUCUGUACCAACGGGGAGCGAUUUCUCUACCUGCCGCCACCUCACUACGUCAGUCCCCACAUCCCGUCGUCCCUGGCCUCGCCCAUGAGACUCUCGACGCCUUCGGCCUCACCAGCCAUCCCGCCUCUGGUCCACUGCGCAGACAAAAGCCUGCCCUGGAAGAUGGGCGUCAGUCCUGGGAACCCGGUCGAUUCCCACUCGUAUCCCCACAUCCAGAACAGUAAGCAGCCUAGGGUGGCCUCUGCCAAGGCGGUCACCAGCGGCCUGCCGGGGGACACGGCUCUCCUGUUGCCCCCUUCGCCUCGGCCUUCACCCCGCGUCCACCUUCCCUCCCAGCCCGCUGCGGACACCUACUCCGAGUUCCAUAAGCACUAUGCCAGGAUCUCCACGUCGCCCUCGGUCACCCUGUCGAAGCCAUACAUGACGGUCAGCAGCGAGUUCCCCGCGGCCAGGCUCUGCAGCAGCAAGUAUCCUAAGGCUCCAGAAGGAGCCGAAAGCACCCAGCCAGCUCCCGGGCACACCCGGAAAACAGCAGGUCAGGACAGAAAAGAUGGCAGCUCACCUCCUCUCUUGGAGAAGCAGACGGUUACCAAAGACGUCACCGAUAAGCCACUAGACUUGUCCUCUAAAGUGGUGGAUGUAGAGGCUUCCAAAGCUGACCACAUGAAAAAGAUGGCUCCCACGGUCCUGGUUCACAGCAGAGCUGGAAGCGGCCUAGUGCUCUCCGGAAGUGAGAUUCCGAAAGAAACUCUAUCUCCUCCAGGAAAUGGCUGUGCUAUCUAUAGAUCUGAGAUCAUUAGCACGGCUCCCUCGUCCUGGGUGGUGCCCGGGCCAAGUCCCAACGAAGAGAACAAUGGCAAAGGCCUGCCGCUGAAAAACAAGGCCUUGGACUGGGCCAUCCCGCAGCAGCGCAGUUCUUCGUGUCCCCGCAUGGGCGCCGCCGACGCCGUGGUCGCUAACGUUUCGGGGUCGGUGUCGAGCGCCGGCCGCCCAGCCUCUGCAUCGCCGGCCCCAAAUGCCACCGCCGAGGGCAGCAAGACCAGCAGGAGCUCCGUGGAUACCACGCCAUCCGUCAUCCAGCACGUGGGCCAGCCCCCGACCACACCUGCCAAGCACAGCGGCGGCACCGGCAGCAAGGGCGCCAAAGCCAGCAACCCAGAGCCGAGCUUCAAAGCAAACGAGAAUGGCCUCCCGCCGAGCUCAAUAUUUCUCUCACCAAACGAGGCGUUCAGAUCCCCACCAAUCCCCUACCCCAGGAGUUACCUGCCUUACCCAGCACCCGAGGGCAUUGCCAUAAGUCCCCUCUCCUUACACGGCAAAGGCCCUGUCUACCCUCACCCGGUGUUGUUGCCCAAUGGCAGUCUCUUUCCUGGGCACCUCGCCCCAAAGCCGGGACUGCCCUAUGGGCUACCCACGGGCAGGCCGGAGUUUGUGACCUACCAGGACGCGCUGGGGUUGGGCAUGGUGCAUCCCAUGUUGAUACCUCACACGCCCAUCGAGAUCACUAAAGAGGAGAAACCGGAGAGGAGGUCCCGGUCCCACGAGAGGACCCGCUACGAGGACCCAAGCCUCCGGAACCGGUUUUCCGAGAUGCUGGAGGCUGGCAGCACCAAGUUACAUCCAGAAGUCCCCGCGGACAAGAACCUAAAGCCCAGCCCCAGCUGGAAUCAAGGGAAGACCGUCGUCAAGAGUGACAAGCUCGUCUAUGUAGACCUCCUCCGGGAAGAGCCAGAUGCGAAAACCGACGCUAACGUGUCCAAACCUGGCUUCACAGCUGAGGGUGUCGGCCAGAGUGCCGAGCCCACCAAACCCCCGCCUGACCCAGCCCUGCAGCCACACCGGGAUUUCAUUGCCCUGAGAGAGGAGUUGGGGCGCAUCAGUGACUUCCACGAAGCCUAUACUUUCAAACAGGCUCCAGGCCAGCCAGUCUUCGGCUUAAGCAAGGAGAAUGUUCCAGCAGGAACCAACAAGGAGAACCUGGCGAUGCCGGUCUCGAAUUCAUUCCUGGAGCCGACCCUGGGGAGCGAUGGCUCUGCGGUCACUUUCGGGAAAACCCAAGAGGAUCCCAAACCAUUUUGCGUGGGCAGUGCCCCACCGAGUGUGGACGUCACCCCCACCUAUACCAAAGACGGAGCUGACGAGGCAGAAUCAACUGAUGGCAAAGUUCUGAAACCGAAGCCAUCUAAGCUGGCAAAGAGAAUCGCAAACUCCGCUGGUUACGUGGGUGACCGGUUCAAGUGUGUCACUACUGAACUGUACGCAGACUCCAGUCAGCUCAGCCGGGAGCAGCGGGCAUUGCAGAUGGAAGGAUUACAAGAGGACAGUAUUUUAUGUCUACCCGCUGCUUACUGUGAGCGUGCAAUGAUGCGCUUCUCAGAGUUGGAGAUGAAAGAGCGAGAAGGUGGCCACCCCACGACCAAAGACUCCGAGGUGUGCAAAUUCAGCCCUGCUGACUGGGAAAGGCUGAAAGGAAGUCAGGACAAAAAGCCAAAGUCGGUCGCCCUGGAGGAGGCCAUUGCCGACCAGAACGACAGUGAGAGAUGCGAGUAUAGUGCUGGAAGCAAACACGACCCCUUCGAAGCCCCAGAGGACAGAGAUCUUCCCGGGGAGAAGCAGUUCAUGGACACGGAGCCUGCCAGCGAGCCCCCCGCCGACCAGGCGGCCCCGGACGUGCCACGCAGCCCCACCCUCCGGCUGGACAGAAAGCGCAGGGUCUCUGGUGACAGCAACCACACUGAGACCACUGUGGAAGAGCUCCCGGAGGACUCUCUGCUGAAAGCCAAGCGGAGACGGGUCUCCAAAGGGCUCCAUCCCAAAAAGCAACGCCACUUGCUGCACCUUAGAGAACGGUGGGAGCAGCAGGUGUCGGCAGCAGAGAGCAAACCUGGCCGGCAGGGCAGGAAGGAAGUGACCAUUGCGGUCACCCCCCAGGGCAAUAGCAUCUCCGAAGAGAAACCUGGCAGGAAAAGGGCAGAGGCCAAAAGCAACAGAAGUUGGUUGGAGGAGUCACUUAAAUGCAGUGACAAUGAACAAGCCUUGCCUGUGUUCUCCGGCUCUCCGCCCAUGAAGGGCCUUUCAUCCACCAAUGCAAGCGGCAAAAAGCAGACUCAGCCAAGCUGCACGCCAGCCUCAGGACUGCCUACCAAACAUGACCAAGUUAAAGAAAGCCAGAAGACAGAUGUGGUGUGCAUGGACGUAGAAGAGGAUUGCCAGGCUACGUCCCUGCUGCAGAAAUACACCGACAACAGCGAGAAACCAUCCGGGAAGCGACUGUGCAAAACCAAGCAUUUGAUCCCUCAGGAGCCCAGGCGGGGCUUGCCGCUGCCAGGGGACUACUACGUGGACAAUGCCGAUGGCAAGGUGACCGUCCGGAGAUUUCGAAAGCGGCCUGAGCCCAGUUCCGACUAUGAUCUUUCGCCGGCCAAGCAGGACCAGAAGCCCUUGGACCGUUUGCAGCAAUUGCUACCAGCUUCCCAGGCCUCGCAGCUGACAUGCUCGAGCUCCCCUCCAGAGACCACCCAGUCCCGCCCAAUGCCACCGGAGGCGCGGAGACUUAUUGUCAAUAAGAACGCGGGCGAGACCCUCCUACAGCGGGCCGCCCGGCUUGGCUACGAGGAAGUGGUCUUGUACUGCCUGGAGAACAAGAUUUGUGAUGUGAACCACCGCGACAACGCGGGUUACUGUGCCCUGCACGAGGCUUGUGCAAGGGGUUGGCUCAACAUUGUACGGCACCUCCUUGAAUAUGGCGCCGAUGUCAACUGCAGUGCCCAGGAUGGAACCAGGCCUCUCCACGAUGCUGUCGAGAAUGAUCAUCUCGAAAUUGUCCGCUUGCUCCUCUCCUAUGGUGCUGAUCCCACCCUGGCUACAUACUCAGGUAGAACCAUCAUGAAAAUGACCCACAGCGAACUUCUGGAGAAGUUCUUGACAGACUAUUUAAACGACCUGCAGGUUCCUGAUGACUAUGACCCCAGUGGCUCUUGGGAGUUCUAUGGCAGCUCUGUGUGUGAACCAGAUGAUGAAAGUGGUUACGAUGUUUUAGCAAAUCCCCCAGGACCGGAGGACCAGGAUGACAGCGACGAGGCCUAUGGUGACCUAUUCGAAUUUGAAUUUUCUGAAAGCCCCCUUUUGCCGUGUUACAACGUCCAGGUGUCCGUCGCUCAGGGGCCUCGGAACUGGCUGUUGCUCUCAGACACGCUCAAGAAAUUGAAAAUGUCCUCCCGCAUAUUCCGCUGCAAUUUCCCAAAUGUAGAAAUUGUCACCAUCGCGGAGGCCGAGUUCUACCGGCAAGUGUCAGCAAGUCUCUUAUUCUCUUGCCCCAAAGACCUGGAGUCCUUUAACCCGGAAAGUAAGGAGCUCUUAGAUCUGGUGGAGUUCACGAACGAGCUUCAGACUCUGCUGGGCUCAUCCAUGGAGUGGCUCCACCCCAGCGACAUGGACUCAGACGACUACUGGUGAGCUCGCCGGGGCCUGCCGUGUACAGUGUGUCAUAGUGUUAAUCCUUGUGCAUAUGUGUCAUAAUACGACUAUUUCUGUAAAGAAAGGGACACUAUUACAUAUGAAAAUAUCUCUUCUUUAUAUAAGAGACACGACUCCAGUCGGAAGGACUUAGAAACAUGUUUUUUUCUUUUUAAACUUUUAAGUCAGUUUUUAUGAAGUUGUUAUAAUGUUUCUUUACUUUUCAAUGCACACAUGCUUUGGGAUAUGUUUGUUUUUACUCGGAACAAUUGUUUCUUUUCUUUUUUAAGGAGAAAAAAAAUAAGGAAAAGGAGCUCCACGCUUUGACUUAAUUUCGUACAAAGCGCCGACGACAGAGGCCAUAACUGUUGAGAGUGUGGUCAGAACCGUGUGGUUGGUUUGGGGGGUUGAAUUCGGGGAAGGCGCUUGGCGACGUUGUAACUUUAUGUUUUGUUUACAGAGUACCUGCUCAGGCCAGGUCAAUGCUAUUGGAUGUGAUCCAGUAGUGUGUAAUAUAAAUUCAAACCAUAUCCACACACAACAACUAAUUGUAUGAAACUUUUAUAUCCUAAUUUAAAAGCUGUGAAAUUAGUUUUCACGCAUCAAACCGGAUUGUUUAUAUGUUUAAACAUUUUAUGCUCUUAUUUAAAGAAGACUUUGAGCUAUUUUUUUCUGUACCCUGUAAAAUACUGAAAACUAACAUAAUAUGUUGAGGUUGCUUGAAAUUGUACAUAAAACUAAAAUUUUCUGAAUUGUGUGUUUAUGUUUGAAAUCUGUGUUUUAACUUUGUAAGUAAAUUCUCUGCCUUUGUAUUUAUAUUUUACAAAAAUUUUCUUAAAAGGCAAUAAACCUGUUGAGGAAAGGAGAAAAUUGA